UAAACACUUUCUAAUAACACUGAAUAAUUACAAUCGAUUGAAUCAAGGAAUGGUAAUUGUUACGAUUUAAGAAAUAUGAAUGUUAGUUGAUUUUCCUUUGUGUCGGAAUAAACAUGAAAAUUCUAAUGCUGUGCAUUGCCAUGGGCGCCUUUUUCUUCGGGCCCACAAAUUCGAUAACCCCCGAAGAAUUGGAAACCCUAAUAAAAUACAGCAGGGAUUGCAGAGGAGAAACCGGCGCCACAAUUGAACAAGUGACAAUGGCGGUGGCUGGAAUUUUCGUCGAUGAUCCGAAACUAAAGACCCAAUUUUUCUGUAUAUCGAAAAAACUGGGCUUCCAAAACGAAGAGGGCGAAAUAAAAUUAGAACCGUUGAAGAAACGGGUGAACGGCAUUCUCAACGACGCCAAAAAGACCGAUGAAAUAUUGGAAAAAUGUGCGGUGAAGAAGUCCACCCCGGACGACACAGCCUAUGACGCUUUGAAGUGUUUCUUGGAACACGGAAAAAUAAAUCUGCUAACGGCUUGAAGAGAGUACACAAUUAAAUGUAUAAAUAAGGAAGCUAUGUUUUUUUAAAUUAUAAUUAAAUUAACAUAAUUUUGGUUGUUGUAUUAUGAUAAUUAAAAUAAUUUACAUUAAUAAAUCUGAUAAUAAACAUAUACUUCAUGUGAAUUACACCAUUCAAAGUC